AUGAAUCUUAGCAUUACGUUUUUCAGUGUUUUACACUUUUUGCUUUCCCCAUGUUACACAUUCAUUUUACCUAAGAACAUUGUAAAUAUUUCUUCACAAAAUGCAUUUUUUAUUUCCGACUGGCUUGUUAAAACCAAAAAAUUGCAUGUCAUAACUAAUCCUUUAGUAGAGGAUAUCGAUUUAGAUGGAAAUCUUGACGUUUACUUUUCUACAGUAGAUGGUGUACUUUACGGAAUUUCGAACGUGCUUAAAUGUGUUACAGGAAAGUCAUGCAGUAUUUCCUACGAGAAUUGGCCCGUAACUCACUAUGGUGAAAUCUUCUUUUCGACCCCACUUGCGGUUGAUGUUUACGCUGAGGGUUUGAAGUCAGUACUUUUUACUAGUCAUCAUGGAGCAGUGUUUACUUAUGAUUAUCUUGGGAAUUUAUUGUCACAUUUUCAAAUUCCAGAUAUCAUUCUAGAUCGAAGUACUUUAUCUCGAAGAGAUCUUGACAAAAAUUUAUUUGAAUCUAUACGUUGGGCAUCUACUGACAAUCAAUUACCAAUACAUAGUGAAAAGGAUAUCCGCCUACAUCCCAUAGUUUAUACAGAUCCAAUUAUUUUAACUUCAGUGAUUAGUCGAUCCAAUGUAAAUGACAUAAAUUUCUUGUAUACUGAUCUUUUACAUAUUACUUUGAAUUUCGUUAAUUAUCAUUCUUAUACCACAACAGCGUCGUUGAAUGAGUCAUCUUCAGAUGAUAGUGUACUGGUAGCGGCAAUCGUGAAUAUACCACGUUGCGCUUUAUUUUCUUUAAAGAACGAAGAUGUCAAGUUAUGUUCACCACGUCUUAAAGUAUUAGAAGUUGACUGGUUAUCUGUUAAAUUACCACCGUAUAUUUUCUCAUCGCCUAUUAUAAAUGCCAAUGUUUUAGAAGAGACUCGAGUCAAAGAUCGUUCAUACGUUGAUAGUUAUUAUAGUUUUAUUACUACAUUCAGUGGAAAUAUACAUGUGGUUCAAUUAACAAUGUUAAAUAGUCAUGUUAGUCAACUUUCGUUAGAGGUCAAUAACAUUUUUAUUGAUUCUUAUUCUUUCCGUAUCACUCCAAUGACCUUAUCAUGUGUACCAUCUCCGUGUCCAUUAAAUAAAAUGAAAUCGAACAUAUUGCAAUCUAGUGUACUUACUUGUUGUCUACAAGUGGAUAUUUAUUCUUGUUUACGUCUUGUUCUUCUUGUAUCAACUAAAAAAUAUCAUUCUCAAAUUUAUUGGACAUAUUGCCCCGCUACCUCUAAUACUACUACGACUACAUUGGAGUAUGGAGAACAAACUGGUCAAGUGGUAAUUGUUCCUGGAUGUCAAAAGUUACAAACUUGUUCACCAUGGUCUGUUUACACAACACCUGAUGGUUAUGCACAUGCUGUCGACAUUCAGACCGGAUUAUCGGCUCCAGGAUAUCCUGUUAGUUUGUUUACUAUGCAUCAUAAUGUUACAAAUCUUUCCAUAGGGUCUGGAUUAUUAUAUCAAAGAGAGGAUUACACAUACUGGUUGGUUUUUACUGAUGUUUAUACAAGUUUGAUUCAUUUGCGAUUACAUAAUCCUUUGGUGAUAAUAUCAUAUAACCAUGAUAGCAUGUUCGAUCAUCAAACUAAUUCAUUGCAGACAAUUUCAUUAUCUCCAAAACCUUUACCGGUACCAGCUGGAGUAUCGACGUCACCUUCAUAUCUCUUAUUGUCGAAUCAUGGUUUAAUGUUACUGAGGAGUAGAUCAUCUCCGAUUGUUCAGUCUAGUUCAACAUCAUUACUGACUUAUCCUAAGUAUAUUGACGAUUUUGACAAGUCCAUUACUCAAUUUAUCAGUGUUCAAUUCGUUAAUGAUCAUUUUGAACCAGUUGAUUCUAUUAUUCUUGAUGAUAAUAAAAGAAUUUUAAAUUAUUUAAUCAGAGAUUGUUCAUAUCAUUUAACAUUAUUUAAUGAAUCCAGAUUAGCAAAACGAUUUUUAGUCAGAUUAUUAACAUCAUUUGGUGUACCAAUAUCGGAAUGGUCAAAUGCAUAUAUAACCACAAAUAUGACAUGUCAUCAUCAUUGUUAUUGUUUCAUUGGUUCAUUGUCUAUUCAACAUAGUUUACCAUUAAAUUCAUAUCAUAAUGAAUUAUAUCUGUCAGUGAUUGAUUCAACCAAUGGUUAUUUCAUUGUUAAUUAUCCAAUAUUAACAAGCUCUCAAAUGAUUUCUACACGUAUUAUUUUACAUAUUGGUUCAUAUCAAACACAAUUAAUUAUCAGUUUGAUUUAUUUACCAGGAGUUUAUUUAUUUAUUGGAUUAACUAUUAUUCAUUGGUUUCCUAUGUUAAUAACAAAACAGAAAAUCACUGUACAUAGUAAUAAAAUGAUGAAACAAUCUAUUUGA